AUGAGCGAGCAAGACGGGGGGCUACCCCCCGAUCCUCCCGAUGAUCUUUUGUUAGAUUCCCCAGAUCAGCAAGACACGAAUAUGCAAGUCACGGAUUCAAGUAUAUCAAAUUCUCACGAAAAUCAAAAUGUAAGUAAACCAAAUUUAAUUACCGAGCAGUCUAAUACUUUGAAAGACGGAAAUUCACCUCAAUCUCAACCCGAAAGGCAGAAACAGGUUUUUAAUUAUGGCCCAAACGAUCAGGGCCCUUUCCAUAUUUAUGUGGAAAAGAAACAAAUAAAUUUUUCAAGUAGUCUAAAUCCUUUAAAGGUCGGGGAUAUAAUUUUAACAAAUUUUCCUGAAUUGGACAAUAAUAUUUUAAGUAUCGAUACAAUAGAUAUUUAUGUUCCCAAAUUUAUUGUUGUCAAACAAGGCGUAAUACGAGAUAUUUCGACGGAAUUUUUUGAAGAUUACCUUAAAAAUAAAAUUAAAUCUUACGAACCCCAUUUACCGUUCGAAGUUUUAAACGUUAAAAGAAUUAAUCGUAAGAAUACAACAGGAGAAUCGCCAGAAUUUGUUCCAACAAAAUCAUGCAUUGUUAGUUUUAAAUCACAAACAUUACCUAAAUAUGUUGUUAUUAAUAAAGUCAUAAAAGAGGUAAAGUUAUACAAACAAAAAGUUCUACUUUGUUUUAAUUGUUUGCGUUACGGGCAUCUAGGAAAUCAAUGUAGAUCUCGACCUAGAUGCUAUAAAUGUAACAAAGAUCACAACUCGAAAGAGUUUACGGAAGUAGAAAAAACAAAAAAAUGUUUUAGUUGCAUGGGAGAGCAUUUUACUAUUGAUUUGAAAGAUUGUCCGGAAUUUCACCGACAAAAAUUAAUCAAAGAAACUAUGUCAUCAGCCAAUGUAAAUUAUCAUGAUGCUAACAAAUUAAUUCCCAGAAACUCUUACGCUUCUAUUACUGCCAAUCGUUCAACUACUGCUAAAAAUAACCCAAACGAAAGCAUUGCCUUUCAAAUGAUUUCCAUUCGACAACCAACCCGUAUGGAGCUUCGACCCUCAUGUUCGACUCAACCUCCUCCAAACUUCAAUUUCUUCGGAGAGUCAUCUUCACACCAUUCACAAACUCACAAUAGAGUCUUUAACAAAAAAUUAACAAUUGAGUUUCAUAAGCCAGUUAAAAGGCUGAGGCCAAAUAGUCCAGACCCAAUAGAAAUAACACAUCGAGAAAUCAUUUCUCAACCUAGGACUAUAGGUCCAAAUUAUAGUAUUCUAACCAACCCUAGUUAUGUUAAAAAUGUAGACAGUUCAGAUUUUUCAACUCAUAAUUCAGGGUUAACUUCAGAGAAUCUUAAAAUAAUUUCAGAAUUAGUGGCAAACAUUAUCUAUACAAUUAAGAGAACUAGUAAUUUUAUUAUUACCAAAACGGAACUAGAGUGUAUAAUUACCGAAACGAAAAGGAAAGACCAAGGAAAAGUAGAACUAGAAACUGAACAUUUGAUUUUAUACAGUGGAUUUGAUGGAAUAGAAAGAGCAACAGGAGGACUACGGGAAAACUAUGGUAUGAGCAAGACUAGGAUAGCAAUGGAAGAAAAAAGACAAACCAGAUUUAAUUUCCUACAACAAAAUAAUAGAAAUGAAGCGGAGAUUGACAACAAAAAAGAAUCUGGAAAAAGAGAUCACUGCAAGUAA